AUGACGGAGUCAACUGUGGGUAGACGAAAUAAACGUUUGGAGUUAUGUAUGGGGAUGUAUGAUGGGGUUGACGAGAAUCGAACUGGUAUCGGUCUUACGCUGGCAAUAUUCACCACUAUAGCAUUUUCGAUGAACAUUUUGCUGUUGGUGGUUCUAUGGCAGCAAAAAAAGAAAGCUCAGUUAUUGAUGUACAAGAAAAUACAAUCGCUUAGUGUUGCACAGCUUCUGUAUAUCUCCUGCAACUAUCCGCUAAUGAUCCCUUGCACACUUACGAUCUGUAGUUUUUAUGCGGACUGGUCUAUGAUCUCAAUUGCAUGGCUAAAUACCAUGGGCUAUUACGUUGCAAUAACAGUCAACUGUCUGAUUGGUAUAGAGAGGAUUUCUCUUUUCAUACUGCCCAAUGUUCACAAUUAUAUUGAAGUUUACUCUGUAGUAUUUAUUAUGAUUCCUUGGGUAUAUGGUGGACUGAUCACACUUAUCACAACAGCUAUGGGAUGUUAUAAAAGGUAA